AUGAAGAAUCGGAAUCAGAUACUCUUUGUGAAGAAUCGGAAUCAGAUACUCAUGGAUUUGUGGAGAAUAGAAUCAAAUAGUGAAGAAAAUAAGUGCUAUAAUGAUGAAUUACAACUACUAGAAGAAAACUAUUUUGGACGACUUUCUGAAAUGUUUAUCGAAGUACGAAUACUCAAGAAACCAGGCGAUUAUGUUAUUUCCCGUACACAUGAUGACAUUUUUCGAUUCUCAGUAAUGUCUGAAGAACACAAAAUAUAUCAUUUAUUGAUUAUAAAAUUCAAUGAAAUAUAUAGUUUUGAAAAUUCCAUCUAUCCAUUAGCACCUUCUAUGGCCAAAUUAAUUGAGAAAUGUAUUCGAAGUCCUAUGAAUGUGUUAUCAGCAAUAUUAAGAACAAGCGUGAUAUUACGUCAUUUUAUUAAUUCAAAUAUCGAUGAUAAGGAUGAUUACAGUUUGUCCGGAUUAUUCCUAAAACGGGAUGAUAUCAUCAAGACAGAAUAUCUUAUCGCAAAAGGGAUAAGCGCAGAUUGUUUUCUUGGUAGUUUACAUACAUCAAACAGGUAUGAACAGGUUGUAAUUAAAAUAAUGCACAAAUAUAGCCACAAUGAACUUAAUAACAUUUGUCGGGAGUUGCAUAUUUCAAACUUAUUACGACGAUUCAUAUCCGUUGAUUCUGUAUUACCGGUACAAUCUGUACAAAUUUUUCAAUCACCAUAUAUGAUGAUUUAUCCAUUCAUGAACUGUGGCUCUUAUCCGGAUUUUGCGCAACGAAUGGGACAACAUCUUACUUUUAUGGAUAAAACAGAAAUUGCGCAGAUAAUUGCACGAGCCUUAGGUGAUAUGCACUUUCUCGGAUUGCUGCAUUGUAAUAUUGGAGCUCGGAAUAUAUUUGUAAGAAAAACAAUGAUUACCAGUUCAAAGGUUAAUAACUGUCAUACAUUUCACUGCUACAAAUACUACUUGGGUGAUUUUCGUGAAUCACAUAUCGGAAAAAUUAAAAAAGUAAAUCCUCAAAAACCGAUAAAUAUUCGUUGGCUUGCACCAGAAGUAUUCAAAACGGAACAGCUAACAGAAGCUACUGAUGUAUUUGCAUUUGGUAUUACACUUUAUGAAAUUUUCACCGGGAAUUUGCCAUAUUUUACAAUGAAUUCCGAAGAGAUUCGCAUUAAACUAUCAGCUGGACAUAGGAUAAGACCCGAAACGCGUGAUAUCAAAUUACCUUCAAAGGUAUUAAGGUUAAUGAGGCGUUGUUGGAGUACAAACGUUAAUGAACGGCCAACAAUGAAUGGUGUUUGGCUACAAUUAAAGGCAAUUAAGCCUAAACAUGAAUGUUCUGAAUGUAAUCAUUAG